AUGCUUCAGACUCCACGACAAGAUGUAUCAUCCUCGAUUCCUGAUACUUGUUCGAUCACGAUUGUAACUUUUGACAAUCGACGAGAUCCUGAAAGCAUCAGUCCACAAUAUCAAGCAGUUGCAACACCUACAAGAAGUCAUACUCAAGAGAUUGAUCAUCAACCAGUAAUUGAAGAAGUGAUUCGAAGUCGUAGUCAUUCACAUGCAUUAUCGGCGAUAUUAGGUGCAAAUGGAUGUGUUUCAACGACUGCAUCAGUCAUCCCUACUUCCAUUGAUAGGAGACCAUCAAGUCAACAACUUCAGAUUCCAGGCUCGACAACACAAAUGCAACAUUGUGAACAGGUCGUCGAGGACGAUGAUGAAAAGAUGGAGCUGCCUAUUCGACUGGCAAAAUGGAGACGACAAAGACGACGAUGGAAACGAAUGCUCUUUUGGGUAGGAGCGUCCUUACUCUUUGUAGGGACUUUUGCGCUCAGCUUUAUCACUCCUCAAAAGAUUGAAAACUUAGCGCCAAUAGUACUGGGUGCAGGACUAAGUCUGCUCUCAACUUUGGUCGUACUCGUGUCGUUCUUGAGGAGAAGGAGAUUGCGACGAAAACCAAAUGAGUUGCUGGCAUUUGUGGCACUGUGUGAAUUUGGGUUAGCGAUGCUUACGAUACUUCACGUUUUGGUCAUGUGUAGCGCAGCAACGGGGGAAUGUCGCCCUAUGGGAUUGGUGAUCUGUAGUCUUGCUGUGAGUUUGGAGACGUUUUUACUAUUGGCUGGUGUUGGUUGGUCUGGAGCUGCAAUAUUGCACCUCUUCGUGUCGGUCUCAAACCCUUUUGCUAGCUACAAGAGGCAAUUGGUGCUUUACCACAUUGUGGUCUGGGGACUUUCGUUGAUUGCCAGCAUUGUAACACCUUUGGUGCUAUUUUCCAAGCACAUGCAAAACAAGUUGCAACUCACGGACGCUGAAAUUUGCCGGUCUGUGGCAUUGAUACUUCCGUUGCUUCCUUCGGAUGCUGCAGACUCGGUAGCUAUUAAAACGCUCAGGUUGUCGCAGUGGCAGGACCUGAACUUGAAAUUCUGGGGAUUUUUGAUUGCAAUUGUAGUCGUUGUCGUAGUUGCUGCGCAGCUGGGCCUUGUCGUGGGUUGGUGGCGAUCCAAUAGCGGGACAAUUAUUGCGCUUAAAGCUCGUCGUCGUCUCAUGAAACGCAUGACCGUCUACGUCCACGCUCUUAAUGCAAUGUGGCUUGUGGUAAUAGUGGUCUUUUUCGUCUACCGGUCAAAUUUGAAUGCACUUGAUUACAUUCAAGUAGAAGGGGCACCACAGCACGUCGAUGGCGAGAUCAAUCUUCUGAAUGCGUUAUUCCACUUUAUUUUGACCGCCAAGGGAUUCAUUACCGGUGUCGUGUGGCUUAGUGUGAACAAGCCGUGCUGUGCGCUUGGACUUGUGUCUUGUGGUUUGCACCAGUGUAAAGAUGACGAACAAGGUCCAUCAUUAGGGCAUGCGGCUUCAUUGUCGCGAUCAGAGUCGUUGUCAGUGUCAUCUCAUGGAGAAGUUGGAGCUCAACAAUCAAACCACGCUGCAACUGCAGCUGCAGCAGUGACGUCGAUGGAGGCAGGUUUACAGGUGACGCACGAAAGUACAAUAGCAAAGAGGACAUCGGCUGUGUUGACCUAUGAGGCACAUGAAAGCGUGCGCGAAAGUGUUGCAGUAAGGCCACGAGAACGUGAGUCGCUUACGUCAUUAUUGCCAGCGAUCAAUCCUCCGCCAAUGGGUAGGUCGAACCGCUCGUCAUCGUCCUCGUACGAUGCUUCCACGAUGGAAUCAUAUGAAGCAUCGCAGAACAACGAAACACUUCAGCGGGAGAUUAUUUAUUAUACUGUGUGUGGCAUCACCAAGGCCAUUAUUCGUUCGGCUGAGCGUGCCAAAGCGCCGAGCUUCACAACUGGCGAUACCGGAACAGUACUUGAAGGUGACAACAUUGGCAAUGCUGCAGCAAGAGAUCGUGAUGGUGGCGUGGUAGAAACAACUCUUUACGUGGGAGCCGAACGAGACUCGACACUUGUCAACAGUUCCUUUAUCUCACACGUUCAAAACGUGACAAUUCUUUCUUCACCUCGAGCGUACUGUAAACCACGUGACCUGCAACCAGCUGCUGGACUUCGUCGUUCAAUAGCUGGCUUUGAAAUUGAAGAAAUUCGUGGUGGCGGUGCAUCAUACCUUCCACGUCCUACCUCGUUCAGCUCGACAUCAAGCUUGGAGUAUCGAGGUAAUUGGCGUCAGCCUCCACGGCUUCGGCACAGCCGCAGUCAGGGAAGUCGGCAGACCGUCCGGCCCGGUGUGAGUGCAACCAGCGUCACCUUCCAUCCUUCCAACCGAAAUCCUGGGCGAUUUUCGCUGUAUCCGGUGUCUCAAGUUCCAUUUGAGUUAUUUGAACAGGAGAUAGAGCUGCAGAGCUCACGGUCUUCAGUAGAUGAAACGAUUGUAGAAGGAAAAUUGACACGAUUGGCGGUGUUUGCUGGUUUACGUCGAACAGCUACUUCUGCGUUUACCCAAGGUCGAGGUGUAUUUCGUAGUCAUAGUGGAAGUACAGAAGCAUCAAUCAGCGCAGCUUCUACGAAUCAUGCGGUGGUACGUGAUUUCCUGCCGGACGAUCCAAAGCCGAAGGUCUUCGUGGACUAUGCCCCACGUGAGUUCCGAGCCAUUCGAUUGGCAUUUGGACUUUCAGAUGAGAAAUAUCUGGCUAGUUUUCGCACGACUGCCAAGGAGCGAGUAAGUUCUGGUUCAAGUGGAGCAUUCAUGUUCUUUUCGGGGGACAAUUCGUUACUUGUAAAAAGUCUCAAGGAGAAAGAGUGCCGUGCGCUUGUCGAUAUGGCUCCAGAAUACGCGCGUUAUUUGACAGCAAACCCACACUCGAGACUUAUCCGUUUUUUCGGAUGCCAUCGUGUCCGUCUUUAUGGUCGCAACUUUUAUUUUGCGGUGAUGUCAAACGUGCUGCAUAGCGAGCAUCACACUGCAACGAUCACAGAGAAAUACGACGUGAAAGGUUCAUGGGUAGACCGUCGUGCACGUCGACCGCAGCGUGGUGACCGAGUAACGUGCGUGGAAUGUGACGCGACUUAUACGUUUGGAGGCAGCAAUGAAGAUAAUGAUAUGCCGAACACUGCUCUAGAUUCUAGCGACGGACGCGCGUCAGCAGUGGACAACCGUGUGAUACCGCAGUUUCCGUUCCAUGUGCACCGACCCGACAUUGUUUUCAAAGAUCUAGAUCUGGAACGCUCACUGCACUUACCCCGACACAUUGCAGCUCAUUUGCACGCUCAGAUUGUUUCAGACAGUGAAUUUCUUCGGGAUGUAGGCAUUAUGGAUUACUCACUGCUUAUCGGCGUCCACAAGUGUCAUAUACGUGCUCCACGUCCAGGUUACUCAAAUGGGGUUGCCCGUGAACAUGCAAAUAUUGGUGAAGUGAUGAACAAUGAGCUGAAUAUCGAGGAAUCUAGCAGUGGUGUGAAUCUAACUCCGCUUGGGGAUGACGAGGUCUACUUUGUUGGAAUCAUCGACAUUUUGCAACAAUGGGAUUGGGAAAAGCAGUUUGAGAAGGCUGGCAAGGUACUGCUGGGCAAACCUUCUCGUGGUAUCUCAGCUGUUGCUCCCGCAGCAUACUGCCGUCGAUUCCAAGCUCGUUGUUUUCAGAUUCUGCUAGGUGGUCCAGCUUCCGAAGACAUGGAUUUGGACUGGGAAGCUGACACGAAUGCCGUCAAUGUUAAAGAGACCAAAUUCUGUCUAAGCUCAAAGGAUGCCAAGAAGAUAGCGAUAGCAAACCAUAUUAGUGAGAAAGCGUAA